AUGGGGGAGAAGCCAUUCUCGUGUGCUGAGUGCGGGAAACGUUUUCUGCGUAAAGUAGAUUUUACUAAACAUCAGAGGUCUCACACGGGGGAGAAGUUGUAUUCCUGCCCUGAGUGCGGGAAAUGUUUCCAAUCUAAAUCUGAUCUUAAUUCUCAUAAAAAAUCUCACACCGGGGAGAAGCCGCAUUCCUGUACUGAGUGCGGGAAAUGUUUCCAUUAUAAAUCCCAUCUGAUUGUGCAUAAAAGAGCUCACACGGGGGAGAAGCCAUAUUCCUGUCCUGAGUGCGGGAAAUGUUUCCAAUGUAAAUCCGGUCUUAAUGUGCAUAAAAGAUCUCACACGGGGGAGAAGCCGUAUUCUUGUCCUGAGUGCGGGAAAAGUUUUUCAAUAAAAUCAUAUCUUUUCACACAUCAGAGAUCUCACACAGGGGAGAAGCCAUAUUCCUGUUCUGAGUGCGGGAAAUGUUUUUCAAGAAAAUCAUAUCUUUUCACACAUCGGAGAUCUCACACAGGGGAGAAGCUACAUUCCUGCCAUGAGUGCGGGAAAUGUUUCCAUUAUAAAUCCCGUCUUAUUCUGCAUAAAAGAUCUCACACGGGGGAGAAGCCGUUCUCGUGUGCUGAGUGCGGGAAACGUUUUCUACAAAAAGUAGAUUUAACUAAACAUCAGAGGUCUCACACAGGGGGGGAGAAGCCGUACUCCUGCCCUGAGUGCGGGAAAUGUUUCCAAUCUAAAUCUGAUCUUAAUUCUCAUAAAAAAUCUCACACGGGGGUGCGGGAAAUGGUUUUUUUGAAUAAGUCUAGUCUUGUCAGACAUCAGAGAUCUCACACGGGGGAGAAGCCAUAUUCCUGUUCUGAGUGCGGGAAAUGUUUUUUGAAUAAGUCUAGUCUUUUUACACAUCAGAGAUCUCACACAGGGGAGAAGCCAUAUUCCUGUUCUGAAUGCGGGAAAUGUUUUUUCACAAACUGCAGUCUUGUCAGACAUCAGAGAUCUCACACGGGGGAGAAGCCAUAUUCCUGUCCUGAGUGCGGGAAAUGUUUUUCAGAGAAGUCCAAUCUUUACACACAUCAGAGAUCUCACACGAGGGAGAAGCCGUUUACCUGCCAUGAGUGCGGGAAACGUUUCCAUUUUAAAUCUGGUCUUAAUGUACAUAAAAGAUCUCACACGGGGGAGAAGCCUUAUUCCUGUCCUGAGUGCGGGAAAUGUUUUUCGCAGAAGUCCAGUCUUUACACACAUCAGAGAUCUCACACGGGGGAGAAGCCGUACUCCUGUCCUGAGUGCGGGAAAUAUUUUUCGCAGAAGUCCAGUCUUUACACACAUCAGAGAUCGCACACGGGGGAGAAGCUGUAUAGAUUGCACACGGGCGAGAAGCCUCAUUCCUGUCCUGAGUGCGGGAAAUGUUUUUCCUUUACUUCCAGCCUUUCCGUACAUCGGAGAUCCCACACGGGGGAGAAGCCGUAUUCCUGCCCUGAGUGCGGGAAAUGUUUUUCACAGAAAUCCGGUCUUAAUGUGCAUAAAAGAUCUCACACGGGGGAGAAGCCAUAUUCCUGUCCGGAGUGCGGGAAAUGUUUUGUACAAAAAUCAGAUCUUGUCAAACAUCAGAGAUCUCACACGGGGGAAAAGCCAUUUUCCUGUUCUGAGUGUGGGAAAAGUUUUGCCAAAAAAGCACGUCUUGUCGCACAUCAGAGGUCUCACAUAGGGGAGAAGCCGCAUUCCUGUUCAGAGUGCGGAAAAUGUUUUUCAGAAAAGACCUAUCUUUACAGACAUCAGAGAUCUCACACGGGGGAGAAACCUUACUCCUGCCUUGAGUGCGGGAAAUGUUUUUCAGACAACUCCAAUCUUUACAGACAUCAGAGAUACCACAAAGGUGAGAAACCAUAUUCCUGUACUGAGUGCGGGAAAUGUUUUCGUGUUAAAUUCAGUCUUAAUGUGCACAAAAGAUCUCACACGGGUGAGAAGCCAUAUUCCUGCCCUGACUGUGGGAAAUGUUUUGUACAAAAAUCAGAUCUUGUCAUCCAUCAGAGAUCUCGCACGGGUGAGAAGCCAUUUUCCUGUUCUGAAUGCGGGUCCAAUCUUUAUAAUCAUCAGAGAUUACACACUGGGGAGCAUCCAUUUUCCUGUUCUGAGUGCGGGAAAUGUUUUUCAGUUAAGUCACAGCUUUCCUUACAUCAGAGAUCACACACAGGUGAGAAAGCAUAUUCCUGUCCUGAGUGCGGGAAAUGUUUUUUACGAACGCGAGAUCUUUACAGACAUCAGAGGUCUCACACGGGGGAAAAGCCAGUUUCCUGUCCUGAGUGUGGAAAAUGUUUUUCAGAUAAGUCCAGUCUCUAUGAUCAUCAGAGAUUGCACACGGGGGAGAAACCGUAUUUCUGCCAUGAGUGUGGAAAAUGCUUUUCAAAUAGGUCCAAUCUUUCUUAUCAUCAAAGAUUACAUACAGGUUAUAAGCCAUAUAACUGUCCUGAGUGCCGGAAAUGUUUUGCACAAAAAUCAGAACUUGUCAAACAUCAAAAGUAUCACACGGGGGAGAAACCGUAUUCCUGUCCGGAGUGCGGAAAAUGUUUUAUGGACAAGUCCAAUCUUUUCAGACAUCAGAGAUCUCACACGGGUGAGAAACCAUAUUCCUGUCCUGAGUGUGGGAAAUGUUUUUCACAAAAGUCAGACGUUGUCACACAUCAGGGGUCUCACAGGGGGGAGAGGCCUUAUUGCUGUCUUGAGUGCGGGAAAUGUUUUUCAAGGAAGUCGCAUCUUUCCAGACAUCAGAAAUCUCACACAGGAACCUCAGACUGUGCAGGACUGGUCCGGCCUUCCAACAGGGGUGAGAAGCCACAUUCCUGCCCUGACUGCGGGAAAUGUUUUGUACAAAAAUCAGAUCUUGUCAUCCAUCAGAGAUCUCACACAGGUGAGAAGCCAUUUUCCUGUUCUGAGUGCGGGAAAUGUUUUGGAAAAAAAUCAUGUCUUGUCACACAUCAGAGGUCUCACAUGGGGGAGAGGCCGUAUUCCUGUCCUGAGUGCGGAAAAUGUUUUUCAGACAAGUCCUGUUUUAACAGACAUCAAAAGUAUCACAGGGGCGAGAAGCCUUUUUCCUGUCCUGAGUGCGGGAAAUGUUUUUUAGACAGGUCCAGUCUUCACAGACAUAAUAGAUCUCACACAGGGGAGAAGCCACAUUCUUGUCUGGAGUGCGGGAAAUGUUUUUCAGGUAAGACCAAUCUUUAUAAUCAUCAGAGAUUACACACUGGGGAGUAUCCAUUUUCCUGUUCUGAGUGUGGGAAAUGUUUUUCAGUUAAGUCACAGUUUUUCCUUACAUCAGAGAUCACACACAGGUGA